CAUGCCCGCUGGGCGGGCUGGCUGGCUGGAGGUUGGGCCGCUGCCAUCUGUUGCGCAGCCCGAGGGAGCCGGCAGAUCCGGGUCUCGUGGCAGAGUGACGUGGUCCCUGGAAUCCAAACAGAACAGGGGAGGAAGCCAGAGGCCGGCAGCGGCAGCGGCAGCGGCAGCGGCGUCCGGAGCAGCCGCCGCCUUUAGGACGCUCCUGGCUCGCACCCUCCCCGCCCGCCGCUUGUUGUUUGGGCGGACUUCAACAGUCAAGAAAAAUCAAACUGGGUAACCAUGGCAGAAGGUGGAUUCGAUCCCUGUGAAUGUAUUUGCUCUCAUGAACACGCAAUGAGAAGGCUGAUCAAUCUGUUGCGGCAGUCCCAGUCCUACUGCACUGACACAGAGUGUCUUCGGGAGUUGCCAGGACCGUCUGGUGACAAUGGCAUCAGUAUUAUGAUGAUCUUAAUGGCCUGGGUGGCUAUUGCAGUGAUCUUGUUCUUACUGAGACCUCCUAAUCUGAGAGGAUCAACCCUCCCUGGAAAGCCCACCAGCCCUCACAGUGGACAGGAUCCACCAGCUCCUCCUGUGGACUAAUUUUAUGAUCUGGGAAGCAAAAAUUGUUAACGUCUUGCACGACCAAAUGAUUGAAGAUGACCAGAGUACUCUUAACGCCAUUAGAACUGUUUCCUUUUGCAUCUGCAUCUGGGAUGGUAUCGUUUUUCAUGAGCUUCUAGAAAUUUCACCUGCAAGCUUACUUUUGCUUCCUGUGUCGCCACGAUUCUUAUUUACAGUGUAUUUGAGUAAAUGAUUAUAUUGAAAAGUUACCUGGGGCUUUGUUGGUUGGCCUAAACUUAAACAUUCCACUGUUCUUUUUGUGACUGUGAUCAUAAUGCCUGUGGUGGUUUCUGGCCUGACUGAAGGAAAACUGAGAUUUCUGCAUUUAAAUAGUUUUGAUGGAGUUUUAAAUUUUCUUUUCAUAAGGUAUUUGUAACAUUAUUUGGGGUUAUUGGGCUUGUAUGAAAGACAAUUACAGCCACACUGUGCUUAUAUUACUUGGCAAUUUUUUUGUGGGUGACAGUUUUCUGUAGUUCUUGGGACUUUGGCAGCUUUUAGAAUAUUUUACUUACAAUUUACAGGUAAAAUUGGUAUCAUUAGAGCUGGCUUAUGUGGCUAGAAUAGAAGUGAAUUGGUUGUUUACAAAUUUUUUAAUUCCCAUUAAAAAUGUCUUAUGUUAAGAUUAAAUAAACAUGAUUGAAUGAUAUGGUGGUUGAUGUACAGUCCAUUACAAGCCAUUGAAAGCCAGCAUACAUUAGCCUCACAAUGUUCAUGAAAGGAAGAAAGUUUAUGUUCUCUGCCUUUGCCAGGUAUAAUCUCUAUCCGGUAAUAACUUGACCAAUAAUUAUUUUUAAGCGAGUGCCUCUCAAGAAGCUUCUCUUCUGUUCUAACAUUUCCCUGUUAAAAUGAAAUUAUCUAACAUCUGUAUGGGGUGAUUGGGUUGCUAAUGUUUGUUACUUAUUCACAGGUUUUUUUUUUUUUUUUUUUUUGAAGAAAAAUGUUGAGUCGUUUGUUACCCUUCUGACUUAAAAAACGUAUUUAAUGAAGUCUUAGUUUCUUCCUAGGGAAGGGGAAAGUUAUAAACAAGAAUAUUUUCUCACCCCUUAGCUCAUUUCUGUUUAGUAAUGGGAUAUAUUAGGAUGGGAAGAAACUUUGAUAUCAACAAAAUUUUGAAAUGUAUUAAAAAGUAAGAGCAACGUUGCAUUGUUUUGCUCAAUUUGGAAAACAGUGAAUACAAAUACGGCAUUUAAAAAAUACCCAUCUAACCUGUGUGGUUAUAGAACUGUUUUUCCCUAGUAAGUGGCUGCAGAUGAUUUAUGGGGGCCAGAAUACAUUUUGCUAUCAAUGUAAGAAUUUCUCCUACUAGGUCAGUCUAGGUUGUCACUGUGUAGAUCUGAGAAAUUAUUUGUAUGACUUAAAUAAACUUCUCCAUACCAUUGUACCGUCGACAGGCCUCCGAUCCAGUUGUGUGACACUCUGGUUGUUUUCUCUCGCUAUUCUGCUUAUACUCUAACUCAUAAAUAUUGUUGAGGGCAUCACUUCAUUCCCUACUGUAAUACUGACUGUUUGCAUUCAUCCUGGUGCAUUUGGCUUUGUCUCUGCUCUUGAAAUAAUAUAACCACUUCUUCAUUACUUGUGCUUAUAAAGAGGCAAUUUAACCCAGGUAAGUUAAAUCCCGAAUAAACAAACACCAUGGAGUAAAGGAUUUUCCUCUUGCUGUGGCCAACUGGAAGCCUUCCUGGCUUUAUAGCUGGUAAAGAGUUUAACACUGAAGCUAGGUUUGGUGGUACUUUUGAGGCCAGACAAGACUUCAUAGUGAAUUCCAGGCCGGGCUGGACUGCAUAGCAAAACCUUGUCUCAUAAGAAGAAGGAGAAGGAGAAGAAGAAAAGGAAUUUUGAGCUGAAGAAAAUUAGUAUGGCAUCAGACGGAGCAAAAUCUGUGUAGCAUUCAUUUUUCUAUCCUUGCCCUUUAACUCUUGAAGGCUUGCACAUGUAUCCCAACAGUCUGUUUUCUAACCUGCUAGAAAGCCAGUCCCUGACAGAGAUACUAAUUGUAGUCACUGAAUCUGCCUCACAAAUAAUUGAGAAUUCUUCAUCUUGGCUAAAGAAAUGGCCAAAAUAUGGGUGCAGAAUGUCUAGUAUUAGAGACCUAGAAAUUUGAAUUCUUAUCUAGUUCUUCAUUUUGGUCACAUUCACUUACUGUGUCUAAAUAUAUUGACCUUUUCCUAUAUGAGCCCUCUAUUAAGUUAGUGACAGAGUUUUUUCCCCUCAAAGCUUUUACUUUCAGACAUAGGAAAGGCUUAGUUAUAUGUUCAGCAGAUGUAUAUGAACACAGUUGGGUAAAGAACAACCAGUUCAAAAAUUUCAGUGCCUGUUAGAAUGCUUCUUUGUGAAGUAGUCUCAGGUUGGUUGGUUAUCUUUAUAAAAUUUCUCUGUAUUUCCUGAAAAGACAGUGUCCUGCACAUAAGAGUAUUAUUAACCUAACUAAUAAUUUAUAUUCCCUUCUUGAAGCUUCUACGUGUGGCCUUUUAGUUGAGCAUAUUCUUAAACCAUUAUUUGGCUUGUAAACAUUCUCUACCUGUAGCUACAAUUCUUUAAAAAUAAAGAGAAAGUAAAAAAGAAAGCUUAUAUUUCUGCCACUUUUGGCUGUUAAUGUUGCCUGGAGUAAUUUUGUUUUGUACAAAGUCAUAGUUUUGUUUUCCAUAUGGGAAAGGUAAACAUUGGAACUGUUUAUAGUGAAAGAUUUUAUCAUGUAUCUAACUAAACACUACCCAUGGUCAGUAAGUCAUGUUUCACAGUGUUUUUCCAGAGUAGCUACUGAGAAUAGUAGUACUGUGGUUCCAUUUAGUGUCUGUGAUAGUGUUUCUGCAAUUGCCAAUAUCUUAGAUUUUUCAAAGGAACCUUGGAAGUCUGUCGCUCUCAGUGAUUUUGUAUUCAGAUUUGACCAGCUUAGUUGAAAACACAAAAUAGCAACUUGGAGAAAGAAAAGUGCAGAGAGUUCAUAGUUAGUGUUAAAUUUUGUUAUUGUAAUAGUAGAUAGGGUUAGUCUUAUAUUUCUCAAUGAAAAAUCCUAUUAUUUGUUACCAUGUCUGAAGAUUAUUUUGUUAAAAGUCAAAAUGGUCAUGUGAUGUACUAAAUGUAAUUUGCUGUUCCUAAAUGUUUAAAUCAUGCCAAACGAAUUAGUCUGUGCCAUCCAGAGUUUAUUGUUAAUCUUUUACUGAGUACUUGGAUUUGGGUAAAGGGCUUGUACUAUGCACUUUUUAUUAAUGAAUAAAUAGAAAAUGUUAGUAAUA